AUGCGUCGCGGGCACUGGCAGUGUGGAAAUGCCACUGCUGGCUCGCGAGAUAAAGCGCAUUAUUCGCACUUCUGUGGGCACACAGACAGAGCACAUAACACGCGUACUGUGUUGCCUUAUUCUCCUGUCGCAACAAAGGUUCGUUCGCUGGAGCAGCAAAACAAAUUGCUGGAGAUGGAAAUCGAGGCCCUAAAGAAUCGAUACUUGAAGCCCACCGGCCUCCGCCUGCUGUACGAGGAACAACUCCAGGAGCUGAAGAGGCUGGCGGACCACAUGAGAGUACAGCGGGACCUUGCUAUCGCUGCAAAGGAUGCUAUGGCGGGUCAGCUGGAGAUGAUGAAGGUGAAAUACGAGGAGGCCUUGGAGAUGAGGAAGAAAGCCGAGCUUGAUAUUGAAGCCUUCCGUCCGGAUGUGGACGCCGCCACCGCCGCGCGCAUUGCUUUGGAGAAGCAGCUAGAAAACCUAGAGGCGGAACUAGAAUUCCUUCGAAGAGUACACAAAGAGGAAAUCGAAGAGCUUAUGAAACAGAUAUAUGCGGCCCACGCCUCAGCAGCAGACGCCUACAGCCUCCCAGACCUCUCGAGCGCCAUCAAGCAGAUCCAACACCAGUAUGACGACAUCGCCGCGAAGAAUUUACAGGAAAUGGACUCUUGGUACAAAACCAAAUUUAAUGAUCUCAACAACAAAACGUCAAAACAUGUGGACAAGAUGCGAAGCGUGCGAGAGGAAAUUGUAACUGCGAAGAAGGACAUUCAAAGUAAGGAGCGUGAUCUGGACUCUUUGAAAACCAAAAAUGAGGCUUUGGAAGCGCAGAUCCGUGAGACUCAAGAAAAGUACAGAAAAGAACUGGAGGAACUCCAGGCAAGAAUUGAAGCCUUGCAGCUUGAGCUGAAGUCCUCCAAACAAAGGACGGCACUGCUCCUGCGUGAAUACCAAGAUCUGCUCAAUGUGAAGAUGGCCCUGGAGAUUGAAAUUACCACAUACAGGAAGCUCAUUGAGGGUGAAGACUCUCGUAUUGCUUCUGUGAUGCAGAGCAUGCAGACCAUGUCCUUCACGAGUGGCAGCAUGAGUGUUCACAGUGCUGGAGCCGCAGGUGUUGCAGGAGUUGCUGAUAGAGUGGCCGGAGGUCCUGGUGUUGGUCCAGCCACAGGUCUUGGAGGAGAUCUAGACAGUGGGCUUGCCAGAGGUCUUGGAGGAGGGAUCGGCAGUGGUCCUUCCAAAGGUCUUGGGGGUGGUAAUGGUGGAGGCAUUGGAGGAGGUCUUGUUAAUGGCAUCACCGGUGGAGUUGGCAGCCCAGGCGCCACUGUAGACUACACUCAAGAGCAGGCUGUGGAGAUGACGGAGAGGAAGACUGUGCUUAUCAGAACCGUUAAAACUGAGGACGACACACUGGAGAGCAACACACAGGAGAAAUCGUAUUCCAUCUCUGGAGCUGCUGAUGAAGAAGAGUAGUGCUGUUUUCUGCUCACCAAUCAUGCCUUCAGAUGUGCGUGCCUUA